GUGCUAAUAAAAAUGAUUGAUAUUACGGCUUGGGUAAUGAAGCGGAAUCUGUAACUGUUACCGAGUUGUCAAAACUCACAGUUUACUAAUUCCAUAUUGUUCGUUGAAAAUUAUUACUAUUUCCUUUUGAUGAAUAAUUGAUGUAGUGCAUGUACAUCAUCGCAAUGAAUUACGAUUGUAAAUCAUUGUUUUCAUAAUUAUUGUUUUACCAAAAGUGGAGUUAUUCAUAAGUUUGUAAGAAUUUGUUUCUGAAUCAAGUUGUUCCAUAGUCACUACUUCUUUUUCAUUUCAACAUUUAAGUAAAGACCUCGGUACAAAUAAAAACGGAAAGAAAAAGAAACUCUUUCCUCUUUUAAAUCUCCAAGAAAGAAGUGAACUGGUUCUGUAGAAAAUCAAAAUGCAUUCAAUAUUUUCGAAAUGUUUUCAUUGUCUUAUAAAUGGAAAAGGAACAAGGCUAUAAUUAAAGAUUUCUAGCAUAGCAGCGGCUUUGAAUUGCUGUUAUUCAAGGAAAACUUUCGUAUCCUGAUCUCUGAAACUUGGUAGACUUAAACAAAUUAAAGAUUUCUAGCAUAGCAGCGACUUGGAAUUGCUGUUAUUCAAGAAAAACUUUCGUGUCUUGAUCUCUGAAACGUGGUGGACUUGAACAAAUGAAAGAUUUCUAGCCUAGCAGCUGUUUUGAGUUGCUGUCAUUCAAGGAAAACUUUCGUGUUCUGAUCUCUGAAACAUGCUAGACUUGAACAAUGAUAUCAAAGCCAUCACUGGAAGAAAUGUUCCUCAGACGAGUGGUGAUUAAUUUGUGGAAAUAAACUGAUGCCAGGGUUUGAUUUCAGUCUCCGAGUCCGAGUUGCUUCCUCGCCAAAACAGAGGUAAUUGCCUGCUUUCAAAUCAAAAAUAGAAAAAAGAAACUGGAGCUACUGAUGAAAGUAAUAGCAGCGGUGACGAAUUCAUAGAAAACAAACUAUUAUAGUGCGAUAAUUUUCUCAGAGAUGAAUUAUUUUUUUAAAAAAAGUAUAUUAUAUUUUUGAGAGAUAUAAAAUCAAAUAUACUACUUAAAUUAAAAUCCAGAUAUAUCAAGUUAUCAUUGCAGAUAUCACUUACUUUGAAUAACUGUCAUUCAUAUAAAACUUUAUAUCGAUUCUUUGAUGACCAUGGAGAAGCGACCGAACUUUGUUCUGAAGCUGUCACUCGAAGAAAUGGCACUCAGAAGGGUGGUUGCUAAUGUGUGCAAUGAAACUGAUGUUUUUGCUUCGAAUGAUAUCUUCCAAAUCGAAUCUAUUAAUACUCGGGAAUUUGACGUAAUAUGCGAACCGGCUGUUGACCAGAUUAAAGAUAAAGUGUCGCGACUUGUUUUACCUGAAUUGCUAAAGAAGAGAAUGGCACACUUAGUUAAACCUCUUCUUAUAGAAAUAUUUGAAUGGAAAAUAUUCCACGGAAAAUUUUUCUUCAAUUCAGAUGAACAUUUCGAUGCGAGUAUUUUAAAACUAAUGUGUUGGACAUCUGUAGGAUCGGUUGAUUAUCAAAAAACGGCGGAAAAGCUUGCACGUGCUGAAACGUUACACGUUGUGAAACGAUAUGAAUUGGCAUGUUUGCAUUGUUUAGUGGACCACAUUCCAAUUCUCUGGGAAGAACUCCCUGACGAGGUUAAGAGAGCGGAGCUUGCAAGAUAUCCUACUCUAGGCAGAGAUACGUAUUUGGAGUAUUACUGGGCUCAGUGUCUGAAGGGUAAAGACUCUGAUAUCAAUUCUACAUAUUUAAAGGAUAUCUCCUUUACGAAGGACGCCUUUGAAUUUGCAGCGCGCACGGGGAAUGAAUCAGCAACUAAAUUUUUUUUUCAAAAACUAAGCAAUGGAAAGCAAGACUCAUUUGUAUUUAGAACAAUCCACUUUAUCAUUGCUGAACGCUGUCGAAAUCUAACAAGACAAUCUUCCGUCUUUUCGAAGAGAAAGCUUUCAAAAGUGUUAUGCUAUUUGCUAUCCACGAUGAGCUCCGAACAUCAGGUGCAAGCUUUAAAGGCGUGUCGUUGCGAAGUUUUGUGUUGCUUUCUGGACUGGCCACUGCAGGACCUUUUCUUGGACAUUGCAGCAAUCAUCUGGACUUUCCUUCCUGAAAGCAAGUAUGAUUAUUUACUAGGACAUAUUACUUCGGUUGUUAAAGAGUCCGGUUACUAUUUUCCGAAUUUGAUUCAGGAAUUUUUUGUCCGCAGUCCUGUAGAUUUUAGAAAACACUUUCUCCGUAAGCUACAUUGUUUCGUUUCUGAAUUUUCCUAUGUUGAAGACACAGAAACUCUCCAAAUAAUUUUUAGAAACGUAGACCUUGGAAACAGAACGAGACUUGUCUCCGGUCUCUGGUUUCCGAGACUUUUGAAAGAUCUUAUGAGAAGAGACAAAGGACAUUUAGUUAAACUGUGCAUUCGCGAAACUUCGCUGUCUGAAGAAGAGAAGAAGAUCCUGAAGGAGAAUGUUGCGAGAUUCUCCUCGAGGACUUGCAGUGAAUUGGAAAAUUUCUUUGAUAUCCUUGACAAAACCGGAGCAACUGAGCUUCGAAUAUCAUUCGAUGGCCGAAAUUAAGCCUUUUUUAUUUGCCAAUUUGUUUUGUUCCAUGACGUUUAAAUUUUAAAUAUGUUGCUGGCAGAGUGAAUAAAUAAUAUCUUGCGGUAAAUUGGAAAAAAAAAUUCCUUGAGCUUGACGAAACCGCAGCGACUGAGCUUCGAAUAUCAUUCGAUGGCUGAAAUUAAGCCUUUUUAUUUACCAAUUUUUGUUUAUUCCAAGAAAUGUAAAUUUUAAAUAUUUUACUUACAGAGUGAAUAAAUAAUGAAUUUUCGUUAUUUAAUAAAAUCUCUACAAUCUUAACAAUAUUUUAUCCAUGAAAUUUAAAGAAAAAUUGUAUAUGCAUAUCGAUUAUUAUUAUUAUUGAGAUUAUUAUUAUUACUAUCGGAAAUACUAGAGAUGGUUAAAAAAUACUCUGGCGAAACAUUAAAAAAUAACUUACUAAGAAAGUGAAGUUUUUCUUAGCCUCGUCGUUCUAACUUUUUUUAUACAUUAUCUGUCGAAAUCCUGUUCAUGUGUUUUUAUGAAUAGUUGUUGGAGAUUUCGAAAUUUUCAUUUUAAAUCUGAAUUAUGCAGUUGAAAAUUUUUUAUUAGCUUUUUUUCGACAGUAGUGCAAAACUUAUAAUUAUUUAAUCAGUUGUUACUUACAUUGUUCAAACUUGCGUUUUGUGAAACAAAAGCAAAAAGUGUAAGUGUAUUGCUUUCCAAGCAUUAUUCUUUUCUGUAUAAUGUUUGCAAACUUCUUUUCAUACUUUUAUACUGGAAUUCAUACUUUCCAGCAGUAUGUUUCUUUGACCAAUAUAGAGUUUUUGGGGCUUCAGUAGAGAUUCCCUAUAAUAUUUUAAUACCGGUUUGUUUAAAAAAAAACAACAACACUGAUAUUACAUCUUUUAAAAAUGAUUCCUGAAAUAGCAAAGCAAGGAAAGUAACCAUAAGCACAUUUGUGCAAUGCGUAAGAAUAUUUCUGUUCAAACGAACAUUUUAUUUAUUUUCUUUGUUUAUUGUGUAAGCAGCAAAAUUGCAGAAUAUUAUAAUCUUUUUCGCCGGCAAUCAUAAUUAAUCAAUUAAAUAUAAAUAAUACUAGGAGUAUGUCUGUGUUUUUUCUCCUCUGUAUGAUAUUUCAUUUCAAAAAUUUUCAAUUUGUCCAGUUGGCAUCAAAAACGCCAUUCAUACACUGCUUCCUUGGUGAUUUUUAAUUAAUAUGAGUGCACAAAUGUUUUGUCCCAUUGGCAUCACAAGUGGCCUCUAUCCCCUUCUUCAGUAGCGGUUUUUCAUAAAGGCAUCAGGAGUGGUCACUUCAGACCUAGAGGGGUGUCAAAAUCUAUUCGAUGCAAAUUGCUGUGCUUAGCCGGCACGUUUUUCUUUAAAAGAUAUUUUUCUCUUACGUUUUUUUAAGAAAAGAAAGGAAAGGAUUGAAUGAAAAUAUCAAUAUUUAGAGAAUGGGGAAAUAAAAACAACUGAAAACACGGAUGAAAAUAAAAUAUGCUAGACUAAUAAAUAAUUUUAAAGCAGAGAUAUUCAGAAAGAAGUAUAUUCAUACAUAAGAAAUAUGCGAAAGAUUUAGCGGUGUAUAGCUAUUUUUUAAAAAAUUAUAUAGCAUAGUCAGUAACAAAGUAUAUUCUCUGUACAAAUGGGGGAAAAUAAGCGUCAUUAUUAUUAUAGGGAUUGUCUUCAAAAUGGAAAACUAAUAUUACAAAACAAGCAUAAAGGUGAAAUUAAAAACGCAAAUAAAUUUUGUUUUCAUUACUUUCUUACCAUUAAUUUAUUUUAUUGAAGAGGGACCUCAAAAUAAUUCAAAGUUUGUGGCCUCAUGUUUUCAAAAUCCGCUACUGGCCUCAUCCUCUACGUCACCACGCCACUGUAUGCAAGCUUGUCAUUCAGUUUCUUUAUAUUUUGAAAAUGAAUCUGAAAUUUUACCUGAAACAUAUGUUGUAAGAAAUAUUCUCAAAAAAUUCUUCUAAAUUCUACGAAAAUAAAAGAAAAAAAUAUUUUCAGUAAAAUGUAAGCAAAAGUAGAAAAUUCAUUUUUAUGUCAUAAGUUAUUAUAUGCCAAAUUUUAAAACAUUUUAUUGGGAAAAUUUAAAUUUACACUUGAUAAAUAGUAUGUGAAGUUAUAUAU